AUGGCGGCCGCCAACAAGAAGGACCGAGAUGCACUGCGGUUUCAUUGGUUGGAAAGCAAGGAUCCUUUUCGUGUUCGCACGUACCGAUUCACCAGAGCUCUGUUUGGUUUGGGACCCUCGCCGUUUCUGCUUGGCGGCGUAAUUCAGCACCAUCUGAACACUUGCAGACCUACACACCCUGAUCGCGUAGCAGAAAUCGAGCGAGAACUGUACGUUGACGAUCUCAUUUCUGGUGGAGGUACUAUCCAAGAAGCGAAACAAAAGAAAGCUACAGCAACUGAGAUGUUCCACCAGGCCACCUUUCACUUACACAAGUGGCAUUCAAACGUGACUAAACUAGAGCUCACUGAAGAAACUGAAACUGGGGAUGACUUAAGCUACGCCAAGCAACAACUCGGAAUCAAGCCGAGAGAAUGUGGGCUGCUUGGUUUAAAGUGGAACAAACUGACGGACGAAGUUGGAGUUACAAUUCCAGAGGAAGUUGCCCAACCGACAAAGAGAGGGAUUCUGGGAAAAGUGGCGAGGAUCUAUGACCCCCUUGGUCUUAUCGCUCCAAUCACCCUGCAAGGAAAGCUUCUGUACCGCGAUGCCUGUGAAGAGAAACGUGCAUGGGACGCUCCGUUAUCCACCCCCCUAGAACAGCAGUGGCAGAAGUGGGAACGUUCCUUGCCGCAACACGUAACUUGUCCACGAGCACUUACCAGCGUCCAAGAACCUAUCGAGGACAUUAAACUUCAUGCUUUUGGAGACGCGAGCGGAAAGGGCGUGGCCGCUUCUGUGUACGCUGUGGUCAAACAGUCAAGCGCAAUCAACCAAGGCCUGGUUACAGCAAAGGCAAGACUGGCCAAACAAGGGCUGACAAUACCUCGCCGCGAACUGGUCUCCGGUCACAUGGCUGUAAAUCUUCUGACCAACGUACAAGAUGCACUUCAAGGAUUCCCUGUGACUUCGCUGCAUUGUAGGCUUGACAGCAGCGUUGCCUUACAUUGGAUACUAGGAGGAGGAGACUAUAAGCAGUUUGUGGCCAACCGGGUACGAAAAAUUAGAGAACACUCUGAUGUUGUCUGGAGGCACGUACCUACUCAGGAUAAUCCUGCAGAUCUUGCUAGCCGAGGUGGACUGGUAACUGAGGAGAACCAACUGUGGUGGAAGGGACCAGAGUGGCUAAGUGAUCCUGCGAAAUGGCCAGCCGACCUUGUGACCGCGCCCACCGCUGAAUCUAACGCAGAAAUGAAAGCUACAAAGGAGCUCUUUGCCAUGGCCGUUAAAGCUGAUGACGAUCUAGACCAUCUUCUGGCCAAGCACAACUACUGGAAGACUUUGCGAGUGUGCGCUUGGAUUAUGCGGUUCGCAAACAACGCUAGAGCGAAAAGAGCGACAAGAACAAAGGGACCCCUGACAACAGACGAAAUUGAGAAGCAGAAACACUUUUGGUUGCUACGCGUACAGAGCCGGGGAAGUGAAAGCAUGGAGGAAGAUCGCCUGUGCCUAAACUUACAGAAGAACAAAGAUGGAUUGCUUGAGUGCCGUGGGAGACUGCAAGGGGUCUAUCCGAUAUACAUCCCAGACGCCACAACGUUCGCAAACAAAUAUGUCGAACACGUCCACAAAGCCACUCUUCACGGGGGAGUGGGGCUUACUAUGGCUAAAGUGAGAGAAGAGUUCUGGAUUCCCCGCCUGAGGCGCCUCGCGAAGAAAGUCAUCAGGGAGUGUUAUGGGUGCAAACGCUUCCAGGCUGUUGCUCUCGCAGCUCCACCCCCCGGUUUAUUGCCUCUGGAGAGAACUGAGGGCUCAACUCCCUUUGAAAUUGUUGGCGUAGAUUUUGCUGGGCCGAUUAAGUACCGCAAGUCCUCUCGUGUAGAAGGAAAAGGCUAUCUGGCGCUCUACACGUGCAGUUUAACGAGAGCCUUGUACUUGGAGGUCCUGCCUAAUCUGGAAACUACUACCUUUCUUUCAAGCUUGAAGCGUUUCAUCGCUAGACGUGGACGACCUUUAAAGAUCUUUUCAGACAAUGGAAAAACGUUCGUAGGAGCGGCAAACCUACUGAAAGGAAUCCAGAAAGAUGAGCAAGUUCAAGGCUACCUUGAAUCGGAGAAGAUUAUCUGGAGGUUUAACCUAAGUCGAGCACCCUGGUGGGGUGGCCAGUUUGAGCGACUAGUGGGCCUCUUCAAACGUGCAUCCUAUAAAGUAAUUGGUGGAGGAAUGCUAUCCUGGUCAGAGCUGUGCGAAGUCGUGCUGGAUGUUGAAACUCAACUAAAUCGCCGCCCCCUGUCCUAUGUAGAAGAUGACGUCCAGCUCCCUCUACUCACCCCAUCUUCUUUCCUAUUCCAAAGAUGUAUUCGCCUCCCUGAACAAGAACCAUGGCGAGAGGAGACAACUGACCUACGAAAGCGUGCCAAGUAUUUGAGGUCUUGUAAGGACGCUGUGUGGAGACGCUGGUCUCGAGAGUACUUGGCGGCGCUCAGAGAGCGUCACAACUGCAAUGGAAAAGGCAAGGCGAGGCCCUUAAAGCCUGGUGACGUCGUUCUCAUUCGUUCAGAAGAAAAGAACCGAGGAAAGUGGCCAUUAGGAGUGGUCGUUAAACUAUUCAACGGCCGUGAUGGAAUUGUACGUGGAGUGAAGCUGCGCGCAGGGAAAACGUUUCUGGAGAGGCCGAUUCAACACCUUUAUCCCAUGGAACUGGCAUGCGAUAGAGCGCCGGAGAGAGCUGAAGUCCUUACCCCCCUGAAUGCUAAAGCGCCAGUCUUUCGUCCACGGAGAGAUGCUGCGGUUGCCGCAAACUUGCGUAUUCGUGACGCUAUAGAGAGUGAAGAACUUUAA